AUGAAAAAAGAGAGAGCAGAUACGUCUGAGCUCUUCUACCCGGCCGAAGUUGGCCGACACGCCGGGUGCACACGGACCCGGCUGCUCGCUUGUGUGCGUUAUCCCCUCUCCGACCACAUCGUGCUGCAAAAGAAUCGGAAUUUGCAUCACUGCCUGAAGGGUGAGUCGGAGCUACUAAUCCGGAACUUGACGACCACGGGUGAAAAUUACGAACACGCGUGGAAAACGAUGAGCGACUACUAUGAGAAUAAGCGCUUGUUGGUGCGCGCUUAUUUGGCCAGCUUCGUCUCAUUGCCGAAGAUGAAGAGCGAGUCGGCAGCGGAGCUGCGAAAGGUGUUCCACUGCCUGAAAGCGACGCGCAAUUCCUUGGACAGCAUCGGUCGACCAGUUUCCAACAGCGAGGACCUCUUCGUUUACCUGGCCGUCGAUCUGCUCGACCCCCGCUUGCGACGAGACUGGGAGACCUCCAUCUGCGAGACCACGGAGCCUCCGUCGAUUACCGAGCUGGAGACGUUCCUGGAUCGGAGACUUCACGCCCUGGAGUCGAUGCUCCCGGCUAAAGCGGAUAGCUCGGUCAGAAAACCGGGGAGUUCGACGUCGAAGCCUACCCGCUCUCACCACGUCGGCAAGCGGGAGGACAAGUCCGGCGGGAAGCUGGGCCGUUGCUCUCUGUGUCAGGGGGACCACUUCGUCAUGCUGUGCGAGGACUACCGGAAGAAGACGGCUGUGGAGCGGAAGCAGCACGUCACUAGCAGCGGUCUGUGUAUUAAUUGCCUCGGCCGUCACAAGGUGGGUGACUGUAUCUCGAAGAAGGACUGUUCCGCGUGCGGUCAACGUCACCACUCGUCGCUUCACGACGCGUGCCGCGAGAGCGAGGUCGCUAAAACCUCGCACGUGGCGCGGGGAGUGUCGGACAAGCAGGCUGCAGUCCUCCUCGCGACCGCCCGCAUCCGCGUCGAGGGCCCACAAGGUAGGUGGUGCUUCGCGCGCGCUCUCGUCGAUCAAGGCUCGGAAACGUCUCUGAUUUCCGAACGCCUCACUCAGAGACUUCACUUGCCGCGUUCUCUUGCCUCGGUGGCCGUGUACGGGGUCGGCGGACAAAAGACUUGCGUAGCUAGGGGCCGCGUCGCGCUGUCGUUCAGCUCGCACUCCGGGGGGGUCGUAGUGAACGCGUCCGCGCUCGUGCUUCCUCGGCUUACCGUCUACGCCGGUCGACUUGAUGUGACCGAUCGGGAGUGGCCUCACCUGCGAGGCCUGGAGCUAGCGGAUCCGGAGUUCGGGGGCGCCGAACGAAUCGACGUCCUCCUUGGGGCCGACGUCUUCGCCUCCAUCAUCUUGGAGGGAGUUCGCCGAGGGGGCUCUCGCGAUCCGGUGGCCCAGAACACUACCCUCGGGUGGAUUCUGUCUGGGGCGGUCGGCGAUACCGCGACCGCGCAUCUCGCACGCUCGUAUCAAUGCCGAGUCGAGGAGGACCCCCUCGACGUGGUGCGGCGGUUCUGGGAGCAGGAGGACGUGCCGACCUCUCCCGCACCUUCCCCGGAGGAUUUGGAGUGCGAGGAGCAUUUCGCGAGAACUCACAGCCGCCAAUCCGACGGACGUUAUGUCGUGCGGCUCCCGCUCGUUACGCCUCUGCCUGACUUGUCGGAGACGCGCCGCGUCGCCGUCCGGGUGCAGCGGAGCAUGGAGGCGAAGCUGAGCCGCGACCGAUCCUUCCGCGAUUUGUACGUGGACUUUAUGCGCCAAUACGCGGACUUAGGGCAUAUGACGCGUGUCCUGACGGCUACCGGUCCCGCGCCAGUCUGCUACUUGCCGCAUCACGGGGUCCUGCGGGAGGCGAGUUCCACUACUAAACUACGGGUAGUGUUCAACGGCUCCGCUACUCUCCCGACGGGAGAGUCUCUAAAUCGCUACCUGCGCGUGGGGCCUAACCUACUGCCGGCCCUGGCGGACGUCCUGACGCGGUGGCGUCGGUACCGCUUCGUGUUAAUGGCCGACAUAGAAAAAAUGUUCCGCCAGAUUGUCGUCCACCCGCAGGACCGUGACUGGCAGAGGAUCCUGUGGCGCGAUAGAGCUGACGUGGAGCUUGAGGAGUUCCAGCUGAACACCGUGACCUACGGUCUGGCGUGCGCCCCCUUCUUGGCGAUGCGCACCCUCCGCCAACUGGCGGACGACGAGGAGCUCGAGUCGCCGCUGGGAGCUGCCGUGUUGAGACGGGAUGUCUACAUGGACGACAUCCUGACCGGUGCCUCGUCCAUCAAAGCUGCCAAGGCCGUGCGGGAGCAGCUCGUGGGGAUCUGCCGGGCGGGGGGCUUUCCCCUCAGGAAGUGGUCUGCCAACGACGCUUCUCUCCUGGAGGGCCUGCCGACGGAGGAUAGACUGCAGCGGGAGCCGCGAUGGUGGUUGCCGGGAGAGAGUUACUCUACGCUGGGUUUGCAGUGGCACCCACUCAGCGAUGAUUUCUCGUUCGCCACGCGGCUGCCAAGGAUCGAGACCUUUACCAGGCGAACGGUCCUGGCCCUGACGGCUCGGUUGUUCGAUCCUUUGGGUUGGCUCUCUCCCGCCACGGUUAGAGCGAAAAUCUGGAUCCAGGCGACGUGGCUUCUGGGGAUCGACUGGGACACUCCACUGCCCGACGAUGACGCCAGGAAAUGGGGGGAGUUUCAGGACGAGAUCCCCCGUCUGGAGGAGAUCCGUAUUCCUCGAGAACUAUCGAGGACCGGCGACGACUCAGAGAUCCACGGGUUCGCUGACGCGUCGGAGAAGGCGUUCGCCGCGGUGGUGUACUUCCGGACGCGGGAUCCCGCGGGACUGAUCCAGACAAGAAUAGUGGCAGCUAAAACUAAAGUUGCUCCAUUGCAACAGGUCUCGUUGCCUCGCUUGGAGCUGAGUUCCGCUGCCCUCCUCGUGCGCCUCGUGGCCCACGUCCGUCGUGUCCUGGAAGCAGAGGAAGCGCCCGUCCACUUGUGGUUGGAUUCCACUGUGGCACUGGGAUGGAUCCGCGGGCAUCCAAGUUCCUGGAAGACGUACGUCGCCAACCGGGUCAGCGAGAUCCAGACCACUCUUCCAGGAGCACUGUGGCAUCACGUUCCGGGGCGGGAUAAUCCGGCGGACUGCGCUUCGCGAGGCCUUUCUCCCUGCGAGCUGGUGGACCUGGAGCAUUGGUGGCGGGGGCCCGCAUGGCUCCGGUCGGACUCGAGACCUUGGCCGAGCCCCUGGAGCGGCGGCACCGAGGGCGAGCUCCCUGAGCGGAGAGUCCGCUCCCAUGCUGCUGCGGUUCCCGUGGAGGAGGACGGCGAGUUGGAGUUGCUCUCGAGGUGUUCCACCUUGAGCCGCCUGCUGCGGAUCACCGCCUGGUGUCGACGCUCGCUGGUUCGCGCUCGAACGCGGACUGGAGCCCCGACUCCGCUCGAUUCUCCUUUUUCAGGCUCGCUCCGGUCCGAGGAGCUGGAUGAGGCGCGUCUGUGCUGGGUCCGUCUGGUGCAGGCCAAGCACUUCCGAGACGAGAUGGCUUCCAUUGAGAAGGGGAAGCCGCUGCCGGCGCGCAGCGCCCUCCUCAAAUUAAGCCCUAUAUUGGACCACCUGGGAGUCCUCCGAGUCGGCGGUCGACUCAAGCACUCCUUGUUGUCGCAUGACGAGAAGCAUCCGGUAAUCCUUCCAGGAGAAUCACCUUUAGCCCGGCUGGUAAUUGGGGCCUGCCACCGACGAACGCUGCACGGCGGAGUGCAGCUCACUCUUGCCACCCUGCGCCAGGAGUUCUGGGUGCCCCGCGGUCGAGCCCUAGUCAAAAGCUUUAUCCACCGGUGCUUGACUUGUCUGCGAUGGCGGGCGGCAUCACCUCAGCCGAUCAUGGGGAAUCUACCUUCACCUAGAGUGACGCCCACUCGACCCUUUUUGAACACGGGGGUGGACUACGCCGGACCCGUAUGGCUGCGUACCUCGAAGGGCCGAGGUCAUCGGGCGAGCAAAGCUUUCAUCGCUGUCUUCGUCUGCCUCAGUACCAGAGCGGUGCACCUGGACGUGGUGUCGGACUACACUGCGGAGGCCUUCCUCGCAGCUCUGCGUCGCUUCGUCGCUCGCCGUGGCCUUUGUCAGGCCCUCUACAGCGACUGCGGCACCAACUUCGUCGGUGCCGACGCUCAACUCAAGGCCUUAUUCGCCGCCUGCAGUCGGGAGGGACAGUGCGUCGCCGCUCGACUAGCCGAGCAGCGAAUCCGAUGGCACUUCGGACCUCCAGCAGCUCCCAACUUCGGUGGUCUCUGGGAGGCCGCCGUGAAGGCGAUGAAGGGCCACCUUCGUCGCGUGAUCGGCGAGGCUACGCUCACUUAUGAGGAGAUGGCCACGCUUCUCUCCCAAGUAGAGGCGUGCCUCAACUCUCGCCCGCUCCAGGCCAUCUCGGACGAUCCUGAGGACGUUUCUGCGCUCACCCCCGGACACUUCCUGAUGGGAUCUGCGCUCAACGCUGUUCCGGAGCCGUCUCUCGCUGAGGUGCCGAUGGGCCGCUUAUCCCGCUGGCAGAUGCUGCAGAGGAUGAGAGACCAUUUUUGGGCGCGCUGGUCCUCGGAGUACCUACACUCCUUGACGCACCGUCCCAAAUGGCUCAAAGCCAGCGGAGACAUCCGAGUCGGACGCUUGUGCCUGCUGCGGAGUGAGACGACGCCGCCUAAUAGGUGGCCGCUUGCUGGAGUCGAGAGGCUGUUCCCGGGAGACGACGGGCACCUCCGUGUUGUAGGGCUGCGCACGGCGACGUCGAGUCUGAAGCGGCCAGUCAGCAAGCUGGUCCUCCUCCCCGACAGCAGCGGCUAA